UGAUGAAUAUUUUAGGGCCCUUGCUUUUACUGGCCUUUGCUGGCCACGUAAAAGCUUGGUGGGCACAACCUACUGGUUACGGAGGCGGACAUGCACAGGGUUCUGCCCACGCAUCUGCAACUGCACAUGCAUCUGGAUAUGGCGCAACACACACAGCAGGAUACGGAGCUUCAACACAUUCGUCAGGCUAUGGAGGUGGACAUGCUGCUGCCGCUGGUCAGCAGGGAGGGAACUAUUCUCCACCGGGAUAUGGAUACGGCACCUAUACUAAACCUGUUGACUGUGUGGUAUCUGAAUGGGGUGCCUGGAGUCAACCUGAUGCUAGUGGCUACUCUAGUCGUUCCAGACAAGUGAAAACACACCCAUCUAAUGGUGGACGUAGUUGUCUUGCAUUGGUGGAAACAAAACUUGUCACAAUCGACUGCAAGAUGGGGCCAUGGGGAGACUGGAUUCUCAUAGAUGGUGCCCCUGGUAACUACGCUCGAAAAAGGUCAACAUUGAUCCACCCACUAAACGGUGGUCAAUCUUGUCCUCCUUGCACAGAAUAUAAAAAAGUGAAGGUCGAUUGCGUCGUUAGCCCAUGGGGUAGCUGGUCAACAACUCCCGAUGAGUCAGGACACGUUGUGAGGUAUAGAAAGGUUGUACAGUAUCCACUGAAUGGAGCUGGUCCCUGUCCUCAUAUAGAGGAAUACCGUGCAGUUCCAUUACCUUGUCUUGUAUGCGAGUGGUCAAAAUGGAGCGAAGUAGACGAGACAGGAACAAUCUACAGAUUCAGAAAGGUCAUUAGACCAGCCAUGAACGGAGGCAAAGGUUGCCCACCUCUUAUUGAAAUCAAAAAAGUUCCUUUGCCAUGCAUCGUCAAUCCAUGGACUGAAUGGGCUGGCCCUGACCAUACCGGAACCAUGUACAGAACCAGAUGUGUUAGACGUCCUGCCCUAAAUGGUGGCACAGCUUGUCCUGCCUUAAUUGAAAUGAAAAAGGUUCCGCUUCCUUGUAUUGUUGGUCCUUGGAGCAGUUGGUCAGUGCCUGACGACACGGGUACCAGGUCACGUAUCAGAUUUGUACAAAGACCACCUAUAAAUGGAGGUCAUGCAUGUCCUGAAUUGAUACAACUUGGACAAGGUUAUGGCAAUAAAGGCCCUCAUGGGGCAGGUUUGGGUGGGCUUCACCCAGGCGCUUCAGGCCUAGGCCCUGAUGGACGCGCGCUAGCAAAUAGACUUCCUAAUUUAGGAGGAGUGCAUAGCGGGCCAGGAGGACCUCUUUCUGGUCAUAAUGGUCCCUGGCCUCAAGGAUUUGGUGGGCCUGGCAAUGGAUUAGGACCAGGAGGACUAGGACCUGGUGGGUUUGGACCAGGUAAUGGAUUAGGACCAGGAGGUAAUGGACUAGGACCAGGAGGUAAUGGAUUAGGACCAGGUGGAAUGCCUGCAGGACAUGGACUGGGACCGGAUGGAUUUGGACCAGGUGGGCAUGGAUUUCCACUUGGACUUGGACCAGGAGGACCUGGAUCAGGACCAGGAGGACCUGGAUCGGGACCAUUUGGACCAGGAGGACCAUUUGGACCAGGAGGACCAUUUGGACCAGAACACAGUGGACCUGGAGGACCAUUUGGACCAGGGGGACCAUUUGGACCAGGAGGACCAUUUGGACCAGGAGGACAAUUUGGACCAGGACACAGAGGACCUGGAGGAGAACCAUUUGGGCCAGGGGGACCAUUUGGACCAGGAGGACCAUUCGGACCAGGAGGACCAUUUGGACCAGGACAUGGAGGACCUGGAGGAGAACCAUUUGGACCAGGGGGACCAUUUGGACCAGGAGGACCAUUUGGACCAGGAGGACCAUUUGGACCAGGACAUGGAGGACCUGGGGGAGAACCAUUUGGGCCAGGGGGACCAUUUGGACCAGGAGGACCAUUUGGACCAGGAGGACCAUUUGGACCAGAAAACAAUGGACCUGGAGGACCAUUUGGACCAGGGGGACCAUUUGGACCAGGAGGACCAUUUGGACCAGGAGGACAAUUUGGACCAGGACACAGAGGACCUGGAGGAGAACCAUUUGGGCCAGGGGGACCAUUUGGACCAGGAGGACCAUUUGGACCAGGAGGACAAUUUGGACCAGAAAACAAUGGACCUGGAGGACCAUUUGGACCAGGGGGACCAUUUGGACCAGGAGGACCAUUUGGACCAGGAGGACCAUUUGGGCCAGGACAUGGAGGACCUGGAGGAGGACCAGGACAAAGAGGAGGACCUUGGGGAGGACCAGGAAAUGGAAGAGGACCAUUUAGACCAGGACAAGGAGGACCUGGAAGAGGAGGUAAAUUUUUAGUGAAAGUUCCAGUUUUAUCCAUGAAGGUUCUUAUGUGA